GUCCAGCAUCGCAUCCCGGUGGUUAUCUUAUCAUACGUCAACAAUACGUUUGUUUCUGAAUCACCUCUGUGUAGCCAAAAUUGGUAUGUGUUGAACAUCGAGAAAACUACAAAAAGUGCAGUUGAGAGCGAAACUUUCGCACAUAUUUCGCCACGAUGAUACGAAACGCUUGUAUCAUCUUACAGUUCGGUGCUCUGCUGAUUGGAGCCCAGCAAUUGCACUGUACUCCACAAAGCGCACACAGCUAUCACAUAGCAUUGUAUCCGAGCAAUUGGCACGAAGCGGUUGAAUACUGCAAUCGGUUGGGAUUACGGCUGGCCAUUGUUGACAACGCAGCCAAACACGAAGCGAUUGUUCAGGCAGCCCAAGCUACGGGCCUUCAAUCCAGUGGAUACUUCGGUCUUUGGCUUGGUGCAAGUGAUCUGGCUAGGACUAAAACCUAUGUGUGGCAGAGCACUGGCGAAAGGUUAGUGUUCGGGAAGUGGAAACCUGGUGAGCCAACCGGCGGAAGCGAACACUGUCUGCAUCUGUCGUACUGGCCAUCGAACGGCUUCAACUGGACCUGGAAUGAUGCCCGGUGUGACACCAAUCUGUACGCGGUUUGUGAGACGGAUGAAAGUCGUUGUUUUAGGUGAUCAACACUGGUGUUGGAGACGUGAUCUGUGGCGUAUAUAAGAGUAUUGUUGCUAAUGAAAAAUUAUCAUGAAAGGUAAAAUAGUAACAGCAAGUAUAUACAAAUAAAUUCAUUGCAUCAGA